AUGCCUCCCCAGAUCAAACAUGAUCUCAACCGUUCCGGCUGGGAAUCCACAGACUUCCCGUCCGUCUGUGAGAACUGCCUUCCUGAGAAUCCAUAUGUGCAGAUGCUCAAAGAAGACCACGGUGCCGAGUGCAAGAUCUGCACUCGUCCUUUUACAAUCUUCCGCUGGAAGGCAGACCGUACCUCACGCCAGAAGCGCACCAACAUCUGUCUGACCUGCGCGCGUCUGAAGAACUGUUGCCAAUGCUGUAUGCUCGAUUUGUCAUUCGGCUUGCCGCUCCAAGUCCGCGAUGCAGCCCUCAAGAUGGUUGCGCCGGGCCCCGAUAGCUCUAUCAACCGCGAAUACUAUGCGCAGAACCACGAGAAGGAAAUUGAAGAUGGAAUCGGUGCCAUCGAGGAAUACGAAAAGACGGACGACAAGGCGCGCGAGCUGUUGCGCCGCCUCGCGAACAGCGAACCCUAUUAUCGCAAACCACGUCGGAUCGAGGGACCUUCAUCCGCGGAGGGUGAUGAAGGAGCGGAGGCUGGACCGUCAGAACAGCCGCGGACGCAAUCCCGCUAUGGCAACGGACCGGGUCCGGUACGCACGAACGAGGGACGUCUUGGGAACAGGCUGCCGGGUCGUGGAGGUGCCCGUGGAGGUCGGGGUGGUGGUCGUGGCGGUCGUCCAUUCCCCAGUACUGCGCAAUUGCCCCCGUCAGCUGAAGACAUUAAGCCUCCUGCCGACCCUAAUGUGACCUCGCUCUUCAUCACUGGUGUGGAGGACGAUCUCCCUGAACAUGCCCUCCGUUCAUUCUUCGCCGAGUUCGGCCAGCUCCGCUCACUAGUCUGCUCCCAUCGCUCGCACUGCGCCUUUAUCAACUAUGUCAACCGCGCCGACGCGGAGACUGCCGCCGAAAAAUGUCAGGGCAAGGCGAUUGUCAAUGGCUGUCCUCUGCGCGUGCGCUGGGGUAAGCCCAAGCCGUUGGAUAAUAUGGAUCGAGAGGAGCGCAUCCGCAACGCCCGCGAUGGCCGAGCGGCUGCCGGCCCAGCCAAGGGGCCUUCUGGAAAGAAGGCGAUUACAGCGGCCGGAGAGGACGCGGGCCAACAAGAGAAGCCUCAGGGCUACACUGUGGCCCCGCCUCCGGGCUCGGGUCAGGUCCAAUACGCCAGUAUGUCUGGUGACUAG